AGGAGAUUGGCGCGCGGGCGCGCACGCAGGAGCGUGCUGGGCGGAGUGGGAGGGUCUACGCAGGCGCGCGGGGCAAGGCGAGUGGCAGCUGCUGGGUUUCUUGGAGAACUGUGUGCACCUUGCAGAUUAGGAUGUCCCCUGAAGUUGCUUUGCACAGAAUAUCUCCAGCACUUUCUCCUUUUGUUUCUAAUGUGGUCAGGAAUGGAAAAGUAGGAUUGGAUGCAACUAACUGUUUAAGGAUUACAGAUCUGAAAUCUGGCUGCAUGUCCUUGACUCUUGGGCCCAGCUGUGAUCGCUUUAAGUUGCAUAUUCCAUAUGCUGGAGAAACAUUAAAAUGGGAUAUAAUUUUUAAUGCCUACUAUCCAGAACUGCCUCCUGACUUCAUCUUUGGAGAGGAUGCUGAGUUCCUUCCUGAUCCCUCAGCUUUACAUAACUUGGCCUCUUGGAAUCCCUCAAACCCAGAAUGCCUGCUGCUUGUUGUGAAAGAACUUGUUCAACAAUAUCACCAGUUCCAGUGCAGCAGACUACGUGAGAGCUCUCGCCUCAUGUUUGAAUAUCAAACGUUACUUGAAGAACCUCAGUAUGGAGAAAACAUGGAAAUUUAUGCUGGCAAAAAGAACAACUGGACUGGUGAAUUGUCAGCUCGUUUCCUUCUGAAAUUGCCGGUGGACUUCAGCAACAUCCCCACUUACCUUCUCAAGGAUGCAAAUGAAGACCCCGGGGAAGAUGUUGCUCUUCUUUCCGUCAGCUUUGAGGAUACAGAAGCUACUCAAGUUUUCCCCAAACUGUAUCUGUCUCCACGAAUCGAACAUGCUCUUGGAGGAUCUUCUGCCCUUCACAUCCCUGCUUUUCCAGGUGGAGGCUGCCUCAUUGAUUACGUACCCCAAGUAUGUCAACUCCUAACCAACAAGGUACAAUAUGUUAUUCAGGGUUACCAUAAGAGAAGAGAGUAUAUUGCGGCAUUUCUUAGUCACUUUGGAACUGGCGUGGUAGAAUACGAUGCAGAGGGUUUCACAAAACUCACCUUGUUACUGAUGUGGAAAGAUUUCUGCUUCCUGGUUCACAUUGACCUCCCACUCUAUUUUCCUCGGGACCAGCCAACAUUAACGUUUCAGUCUGUCUAUCACUUCACUAACAGUGGGGAGCUCUAUUCGCAGGCCCAGAAAAACUACCCCUACAGUCCACGUUGGGAUGGCAAUGAGAUGGCCAAAAGAGCAAAGGCUCAUUUCAAAACAUUUGUCCCUCAGUUCCAGGAGGCAGCAUUUGCCAAUGGAAAACUCUAAGAUCAUAGAAGGGGGAGACAACCUCAUCCUGCAAGGAUGCCAAACAGAGACUUGUGUCAUUGCCUGUCAACAAAUUGCAAGAUGGCUUCCUGCAAGUAGUUUGGACUUCAGUCUCUUGGUGUGUUUUGCCUCUGGGGUGCUGUUGUGAUCACCACAGAUUGAAUUUACUCUUGUCUAUAUGAGGACCUUGGCUGACUAAAAUUUUUUGCUAUUUUUUGCUCAUUUUCCCUACAUGCAAACACAUUUCUUAUUUUAUCUGUGUGAUCAAAAUUAAAAAUAAUUUGCAUAGAUGUGCCCCCCCCCCCGUGAUGCCUUAUUUAUGAAUUCUUUUUCUAUACCAGUAUUUCAGGCUUUCUUGUUAACUUUUCUGUGAUGAUUGACAUAUUAGAAGUAAACAGAAAAUAGCUGAGCAAUAAGCCUUGUUAGACGAAGCACUGCCGUAUCAUGCCUUUGUAAUUAUUUGUGUUCAAGGUUUAUCUCCAAUUGAGUCUGAAAGAACAAAACCAGAGGAACAUUUUAAUUGCUACAGAAGGUAGUAUGAUGGCACAUAACUCUUAGUGCUUCUAACUGGACGUCCCCCAUGUUGUAGAAUUCUGCUUUGUACUCUUGUUAUCAGUACCAAAUCUGAGAUGAGCUAUCUUGUCACUAUCCAGUAUGUUACUAAGAAAUGCCUACCAUUUGAAUACCAGUAGUGUCUAAAAAUUAAAUGUGUAAGUUAUGAUGAA